AUGAACCAGCCACUCCCGCCGCCCCCGGGCCAAUGGCAGUCCUCGGAUGACUCCAUGCGACAAUGGCUCCAGGCCAAAGCGGAGGAAGAUCGGAGGAAGCAGGAAGAAGAGAAGACGCGCCAAGAGACCUUGCGACUCGAACAGCGGAGGGUCGAACAAAGCAUGCUUCGUGAUUCCUUGCAGGCCGGUGUCCCACCUCAGAUGAUCCCGCUCAUCUUCGCCGGCAUCAGUCCCGGCGGUCUGCCGGCAUCGAUGCUCGAACUUACUCAACAAUACCUAGCUCAACCCUCUGCACCUCGCGGUCCUGCUCCGCAGAUGCCUGUCAUGUCUCAGACACAUCCCCAUGCCCAGCGCAGGCCUACACAUGUCCGCCAAGACUCCCGUACCAUUCCCUCUAAUGCAUAUGUUGCUCCACCGGUGCACCCUCAGACAGUGCCCCCUCCGGGAGUCCUGCUAUCCCAGCCAUUGCAUACUGUUGGAGCCUCUCCUACCCCGCAACCGCUGGGUCGUCCGUCAGUAUCCAAUGGCCCCGCUGAUCCACGCUUUGCUGUUGCAGCUAUCCCUCGCAUGAACCCUGGAGAGUCACAGCUCCAGCCGCCCAUCAAUCUCAGUAACGUACACUAUGCCCCAGGAUCGUCUAUCCCGUCAACUCAGCCUCCCCGAGGCAAGUCAUAUUCUGCGUCUCGCCAGUCCCCUCCAUCCCUAUACUUCCACCACUGGGUUCCUCCAGGUCAGACGGCAGGACAUGCGCAAUCGGGAAGAGGUAGGCAGGAAUCACCGGGUGCCGUACAAGGAUCUCGGCAGGUUGACUCCAACAUUUCUCCCGGACGGAAGAGGAAGGCCCAUGGGGCACAUCAUCCCGCGCCAUUGCCAUCGUCUCGUCCCCCGGAAUCCUUUCCUGGCUCUUCGCAGACAUCUCAGCCAGGUUCUCCGGCCCCGGAAUAUCAGACCGAGCAAGCAGCACCGCCGACGCAUCACCAUCACUCUCUCCCAAGAUCGAGUGACGCAUCUGCUUCGUACCAGAUACCGACUGAUGAUGUGAAAUGUGAGCACCGCAGUCGAGGUACUAGCCCGACCCACUCCUCAGAACGCAUGAUUGUGGAUGAUGCUAGAUCAAACCAGCGUGGUCGAGCAGAUAACGAGGACAGUUAUGAAGAGGAAAAUACCUCUGCAGGACAUGCCACCUCGCCCCACACAGUUCGGGUACAGCGAAGCGAAGCAGCCUCUUAUCACGACCCUCGCGGCAGUCCUGCCCGCUCAGCAACAGCAAAAGCUUUGCAACUGUCCCAAGAGCAUAAUUCAGCCUCGGGGCACUAG